AUGAAGGAUCCUCCUCCGUCCCUCCCGAAGCGUCGGCGCGCGCGCACGGAGGCGGAGAAGCUCGCGCCGUUCGCGUGGGACGCGCGCGUGGACGACCACCCGGCCGGGGACGCGCUCGCGCUCGCGGAGGGGGAGACGAAGCGCGCGCGACGCGCGGUCGAGAGGUUCGACCACGACGCGUUCGAAUCGACGAGAGGGCGGAUGAGAUCUCGUCGUCGACCUCCCGACGCCGCCGACGCCGACGACGACGACGAGGAGGAGGAGGACGAGGACCACUCCCCCGUCGCGGAGUCCACGGACGACGAACGCGACGAGGGGAUCAUGGACGGGAUCAUAGCCCGCCGCCGCCGCGGGUCCGGGGCCGCGGACGGGGCGGCGACCGCGGAUGGGGCCGAGGUAGGAGGACGCGAACGCGCCGCGGAGCGUCUGGUCGUCCAAGUGAUCCGCGAGGAGGAGGGGGUGCCGUCGACGUCGACGUCGACGUCGACGUCGCGGGGCGUUAGCGACGGCGACGGCGCGGAGAGCGAGAGCGACGCGGAAGAGAUCGCGGUGACGACGAAGAGGAACGCGAAGACGCGGCGGACGAAGAAGAAGGGACGGGGAAAGUCCUUAAGGAACGGCGUUCACCACGCGAACGAGGUCGUAGGGGAAGCAGUCUCACCGCCGGCGCCGUGGUUCGCCGCCGCGCCGAUACCCACGGAGGAGGACUUCGACGCGCGCGAGGCGCGAUCGCGCCGAGCGUCGAACCCGCGUCGGCGGAGGAACGAAAGAACGGCGGCGGCGGCGGCGGCGGAGACGGCGUCCGAGGCGCCCGCGGCCGCGCGCGAGACGGCGGACGGCGGGAAGAAAAAGAGACGCCGCGUCGCGAAUUUCCGGCGGUUCGUCGACGACGGCGGCCCAUCCGACGACGACGACGACGACGACGACGACGACGACGACGACGACGACGACGACACCGCCGUCGUCGGCGACGACGACGACGUCUCCGUGCACUCGGACGCGUCCAUGGAGCGCGCGAACGGGCCUAGGGCGGGGGAGACGAAGGCGUUCAGAAAAGUCGCGACGACGCGCGGCGCGUUGGCGUCGUCGUCUGACGAAGACGACGACGACGGCGGCGGCGGCGGCGGCGACGCGGCGGCGGCAGAAAAACACGCCGCGUAUUUCGCCUCUCGCGCCGCGGAGGCGCGCGGGCGACGCGCGGGCGACGCCGAGGACGCGGAGACCGAUCCCGGGGCGGCCGGGUUCGAGAUCGACGACGAGAUCGGGGAGGGGCGCGACAUCUCAGAGCACAGCGACGGGAGCCAAGAGCGGACCGCGGGCGCGCGAGGGUUUAAGAUGACCGAGCUGCUAGGGGACGGGUACGGGAAAGGCCGGCGGCGACGCGGCGACGCGGCGAAGGCGGGGGUGGACGUCGCCGCGAUUUUAGCGAGGAAGAAGCCCGCGUGGGCGCUCAGCCUGAGCAGCGACGACGACGAGGAGGAGGAGGAGGAGGAGGAGGGCGACGGCGGCGAAAGUCCUCAAGGAACGGCGUUCACAACGCGAACGGGCUCGUAUGGGAACCAGUCUGGGCACCGCCCAGUCUGGGCACCGCCGCGGCGUCUGAAGGAUGUCGCGAAGCCGCGGCCCGCGCCCGCGCCCGCCUCUCCGGCGAACGCGUACGCGUACGCCGACGUGGACACGGAAUCGCUUCCGCUUGCGGCGCCGGACGAACCCGAAGUCGUCGUCGAGAUCUUGCCGGAGACGCCGGAAGACGAGAGGGACGACGAGCGCGCGCGGAGGGCGGCGCGCGCGGCGCGGGAGACGCAGAAAAAGGAAAACGCGCGCCGCCGCCGCCGCGCGCGCCAGCCGAGGAUCCACGCGAUGCUCCCUCCCGCGACGGGCGGCGCGCCGGGGGGUCUCGGGCUCGGACACGACGCGGACGCGGACGACGGCGACGGCGACGGCGACGGCGACGUCGUCGUGAUCGCGGCGGCGGCGACGACGACCGCGACCGCGACCGCGACCGCGACAGCGGCGACGGAGGCGUCCGCGACGGGCGCCGACGCGGGGGUCCCGCGCGCGCCGUGGCGGUUCCCCCCGUCGCUGACGCUUCUCGCGGCGCCCGAUACGGGUGCCGACUUUGGUGCCGACUUUGGUGCCGACUUUGACGCCGACUUUGGCGCGACCGACGCGUCGUCCAUCGGACGGGGCGGACUCGCGGACGAGGACGAGGAGGGCGCGCGGGCGCUGCGCGUCGCCGCGCUCUCCUUCAGAGCCGGGUCGAGCGCGGGACGACCGCCCGGUCCCGGUCCCGGUCCCGGUCCCGGUCCCGGUCCUCCUCCACCCGCGCCGCCGUUCGCCGCCGCCGCCGGGCGCGGGCACGAGACGGACGCCGAUGUCAUGAGACAGACCCCGAUGUCCCGCGGGGAUCUCGCGCGUUGGCGCAGAGCGGCGGCGCUGCUCGAGCGGCGCGCCCGCGGGGGCUUUUGGCGCGCGCUCGCGUCCACCGUCGCCGACGCGCGCGCGUCGGACGCGCGCCGCGAGCGCGACGCGAUGGCCGCCGCCGCGCGCGCGAUCGCGGACGGCGCGCUCACCGACGCGGACGCCGACGCGAUCGAGCGCGCGGCGCUGGAGUCGCCGCGCGCCGCCGCCGCGCGCGGGAACGAGAGCGGAUGGGAGCUCCUCUUCGUCGCCGCGGCGGUGUGGCGCGAGGCGGGGCACGACGCCGCCGCCGCCGCGGAGGGCGCGGACGCCGUCGAGGCGUGGACGCGCGCGGCGUGGGCGGUCGUGGAAGAUCUGCUGGAGCACUCCCCGAUGCCGCCGCAUCUCGGGACGACGCCGUGGCCGCCGCCGCCGUCGCGCGGGUGCGACGCGACGGACGCGUGGGUCGACGCGAACGCGUAUUUUCUCCGCCGGAACGCCGCGCGCGGGCGGCGCGGGAUCUUCUCUUCUUCUUCUUCGUCGUCGUCGUCGUCGUCGUCGUGCGCGUCCGGGUUCGACGACCGCGCGUACGCGAGCGCGGUCGCGUCGCGCGUCGCGGCGCUCGCGGACGCGUGGCCGCGGUGCGAGGACGACGUCGCGCCCGCGAUGGAGAUGUGGCGGCUCGUCUCCGGCGUCGGCGGGAAUAAACGCGCGGACGCCGCGGCGGCGACCGCCGGCGGCGGGGACCGCGGCGUCGGCGGCGUCGGCGAAUACUCCGCCGCCGCGGUCGCCGCCGCCGCGCGCGCGCGCGCGACCGGCGGGAUGUUCGCGCUCUCGGACGCCGCGUCGGCGUCGCGCGACUUGGCGCCGCCGCCGUGCGUCGCGUGCUGCGAUCUCGCGCAGCCCGCGGCGUGGUGGUCGUCGUCGUCGUCGUCGUCGUGCGCGUUGACGCCCGCCUUUGGCGCCGGCGGCGCGUCGCGGUGCGCGUGCGACGCGUCCUUGCGAGCGCUCGCCGCGCACCUGCGCAAGGCGCCGGACGCGAAGGCGUUGCGGCGCGAUCUCGGGAAGCUCCUCGCCGCGGCGUCGCUGCUGCGCAAGCCGAGCGAGGACGACGCCGCCGCGGGCGAGCGCGCAUCUCAGCCCGCGGCGUGGUGGUCGUCGUCGUCGUCGUCGUCGUGCGCGUUGACGCCCGCCUUUGGCGCCGGCGGCGCGUCGCGGUGCGCGUGCGACGCGUCCUUGCGAGCGCUCGCCGCGCACCUGCGCAAGGCGCCGGACGCGAAGGCGUUGCGGCGCGAUCUCGGGAAGCUCCUCGCCGCGGCGUCGCUGCUGCGCAAGCCGAGCGAGGACGACGCCGCCGCGGGCGAGCGCGCAUCUCAGAACGGCCCUCACGAACGCGGCGCGUCGUUUCGAGCCGGCGGCGGCGCCGCGCUGCCGCUCUCCCCCUCCGCGUCCAUCCUCCGCCACCGCGCGGCGCUGCACGCCACGCUCGUCGACGCGUGCCUCGCGCACGGCCUCGCGGACCAAGCCGGGAUGUGCCUCCGACAGCUGUGCGGCGUGCUCGCCGGCGCGAGAUUGCCGAGCGCCGACGCCGACGCGGCGCAUCGCGCGAUCGCGUUGCGAGCGCUCGCGCUCGCGUCCGAGGCGUGGCGCCGCGCGUGGACGGACGCGGGCGCGUCCGCGGCGUCGCGAUGGCGCGGGGUGGACAAGCUGGUGAAGGAUGGCGAGAACGCGCUCGCGACGGCGCGGCGCGAAGCGUCGCGGUUGACGGCGUGCGCCUCCGCGCCGGGCGACGCCGCCUCGCGCGGCGUCGGCGCGGUCGCCGCGGAAGCCGCGGCGGCCGCGUCCGCGACCUACGCCGCGCUCGUGACCUGCGGCGCGCGCGCUCCCGGCGCGGAGGCGGCGCAGGAGACGUUCGCGGCGCCGGUGCUGCGCGACGACGACGACGACGACGGCGACGACGGCGGCGGCGCGGGUGGCGGAGGCGGGGGCGGGGGCGCGACGCGGGACCCCCGCGCGUGGCCGACGCGCGUCUUCGCGUCUCGCGCGCUCGCGACGGCGCUCGCGCCCGGGCACCCGACGCACGCCGGGACGCCGCGGAGUCGGGAGUGCCUCGCGCCCGCGAUGACGCUGCUGGCUCUGACCGCCGCGAGCGAGGCGGCGAGCGGCGGCGUCGGUCCGCUCGCGGCGGCGCUGUUCGCGCAUCCGGCGGCGCGGGCGCUGCACGAGGGCGCGACGCGCGGGCCGGGCGCGGCGGCGGCGACGCGGCUGCAGCGCGCGGCGAGGGGGGAAGUGGAUGGGACGGAAGGGUUAAACGUCGCGGCGACGCGCGAAUUCUUUGGCGUCGCGGCGAACGCGUCGGACGGCGGCGCGCCCGCGCGCGCGGCGCUCAGAGGCGGCGGCGGCGGCGGCGACGCCGCGCUCGUCGGCGUCCCCGGCGACGUGCUCUCCAGAGCGGAGGCGGACUUCAGGGUCAGCGCGGGGGAGCUCUUCGCGUCGCAGCUCGCGUCCACGGCGCGAACGGGCGCGGACGCGCUCGCGCUCGUCGUCGCGCGGUUCCCGCCUCUCGCGCGAGGGUGCCACGCGCUCGCGUUUUUUGCCCGCGAAGAAAGAGAAAGAGAAAGAGAAAACGAAAACGGCGGCGGCGCGGGGGGCGAGUCCACGCUCGCCGCGAGCGAACGCCGCGCGCGCGUCGCGUCGCACGUCGUCGCCGUCGCCGGCGCGGCGCGAUGGCUCGCGGACGCGUCGAAGACGGUCGCGUCCGCGGCGCGCGCGGCCGAUCUAGGCGCGCCGCUCGCGUCGCUCGUGCCCUUCACUCCUUCGGCGGCGCGCGCGUGGGGCGAAGCGGCCGACCGCGCGCGCCAGGAGACCCGCGGCGAGGAUCUCUCUCUCUCUCUCGGCGGCGCGGUCGCGUCGACGCUUCUCUCGAGCGCGGGAGACGACGAGACGCUGAUGCGCGCGAUCGUCACCGCGGCGUCGUCGCGGUGGGCGGCGGCGUCCGGCGGCGGCGGCGGCGGCGCAGCGUCGGCGUCGGCGUCGGCGAAAAUCGCGGCGACGCGCGACCUCGCCGCGUCCACGCUCGGCGUCCUCGAAGGCGUCCUCGGAGGACACGCCCCGGGGUCUCGCGAGGACGCGCGCGAGCGCGCGGCGAUCGACGCGCUCGCGAGGGCGCUCCUGAAGCUCCGCGUCCCCGGCGCCGGGCGGUUCGUCGUCGGGACGUUGCUCCCAAACUUUCUCGCGCGGGAGCUGCGCGCGGCGCCGCAGACGCGAUGCGCGCGCGCGUGGCUCAGCGCGUUGUCCCUGUGCCGCCGACUCCUCGAGGGCGGCGACGGCGGGGGCGAGGGCGAGGGCGCGCGAAUGACGACGACGGACAACAACGGGAUCACCCCGAGCGCGGUGCUCGCGGGCGCGCUGUCGUCGCCGGCGGCGGCGCUUCUCGACGUCGUCGUCGGCGCGGGCGACGUUAACCACCAGGCGGCGUCCGCCGUGGACGCGUUGUUUCGGUUGUUGGCCGACAGGUUGGACGCCGCCAGAGGGGCGGGGUUUAGGGAAGUCUCGGCGGCGGCGGCGGCGGCGACUGAGACGUCCAGGGUUGAAGCGCCCGCGCCCGCGGCGGCGCCCGCGGCGGCGCCGGCGGCGGCGACCGCGGCGGCGCCGGCGGCGGCGACCGCGGCGGCGACGUACUUUCCGUUCCCCGGCGGCGCGGCGGCGGCGACGACGACGUACUUCCCGUUCCCCAGCGCGCCCGCGGCUCCGUCGUCGGUUCCGCCCGCCGACUCGAGAGAGCCGCGGCGCGCGGCCGCGGCCGCGGAGGACGAGGCUCGACGCGCGGAGGAGGAGACGCGCGCCGCCGCCGCGAAAGCCGCCGCCGCGGUGGCCGCCGCGUCCUCCGCGUUCGCCUCUCCCGCGACGGCGAAGCUCCUUCUCGCCGCCGUCGCCGCGGCGGCGAGCGUCCUCGCGACCGCGGCGCUGUCCGCGCCGCUGCGGGACGCGAACUCGGCGCAUUCGUCGCGCGCGUUCACGGUCGUCGGGAGGCGGACGCCGGAGGACGACAGAGGGACGGCGAUCGCGCGAAUGAAAGCCGCGCUCGCCGAGGACAGGGAACGGCUCGCGGCGGAGCUCGGCGCUCACGCGCGCGACGUCUCCAGGUUCGACUUUGGAGGCGAGUCCGCGACGCCGCCGCUGCCGCCCGGCGCGCUCACGUCGUGUGAGGCGUCAUCGGACAAUACCAUUAACACUGUCGGACACACAUACUGUCGGACACACAUACUGUCGGACGGCGACGACGGCGACGCGUGGUGGGGCCCUCGCGCGAUUCGACGCGGGUCGCACCGUCUCGACGAGUCGUGGUCCCUGCACCGCGCGCGCGUGCGAUGCGUGUCGUCGUCCGCGACGGCGUUCCUGCUCGCGCUCGCGCGGUCUAGCGGCGGCGGAAAUGGCGGAAACGGCGGCGGGGCGGCGGGGAGGGCCGCGUGCGGGGCGGCGCUGCGCGCGGCGAGGGAACGGCACGGCGCGACGCUGCGGCGCGCGGCGGCGAUCUUAUCGGAGCCCGACGCGGCGGGGUGCGGCCCCGAGCGCGACGCGCUGUCGACGACGAUGCGCGCGAUGGGGCUUGAUAUCGAGCGGCUGCCGCCGAAGCCCGGCGGCGGCGGCGGCGCGGGGGUGACGAGCGGGAGUGGCGCGAUGCGUCAGCGCGUCCCGGCGGGCGGCGGCGGCGGCGGCGGCGGCGGGGGAUUCCGAGGCGGCGCGGCGUGGGGAGGGGGACGCGGGCGCGGUCCCCCCGGCGGGUUUGACCGCUCGCGACGCUAUUUCUAG